AUGGGUUCAGGUAAGACAUUUAACCUCAUUCGUCAUAUACUCAUAACAGAGCGUUUAGGAAACGACUCUUACUAUGACCAAAUCAUUAUAUCAGCAACUUCAGAUUCAAUGGACUCAACAGCGAAAACAUUUAUGUCAAAAGUUCAAGCCUCUGUCGUUAAAGUUCCAGACAGUGAACUCAUUGAAUUUCUUCAACGUUACAUUCGACGUAAGAGGAAAUAUUAUGCCAUCGUUGAAUUUAUACAGUCAGGAAUGCAAAAGACUUCUGAGGAGAUGGAAAGAAUUAUUGACAAACACCACUUACGUCAAUACUCAGGAGUUUACGAUAUGAAACGACUUACAAACUACAUUCUGUCAAAACUUUCAAAAUACCCCUUCAAAAAGUAUCCUUCAAACACUCUGCUCGUUUGCGACGACUUCGCCGGAAAAGGUUUAGUUUCAAAGCCUGACUCACCAUUAGCUAACAUCAUAACUAAAGUCAGACAUUACCAUUUAAUUGUAGCAAUACUUAUGCAAACAUGGAGGUUUUUAGCUUUAAACAUAAAACGUCUCAUAACUGACUUCGUUAUCUUUCAAGGUUUCUCACGUUAUGAUAUUGAACUCAUUUGGAAACAGUCAG